AUGGCUCAACUCGCUUUGCCUUCAACAAAGGCUUCUGAUGAUUUCAUUUUGGAUGCCCUUCCUUACAUUGACGAUGCCGAAUACGACGAUUCUCACCGAAAGUUUGCACUCAGUAUGGUAGAAGAGGAACAAAAGAGGUAUCCAAUGACGAAGGAUUAUUUAAAGAAGUUUCCAAAACCUCAAUAUGACAAGUUUCUUACCCCUCUUUUACAACAAGAAUUCCAGAGGAUUAAUGAGGCAAAAGUAUGUAUUUCUGCAGUGAACAAUUGUUUUUAUACAAAAAAUUCCAACGAUUUUUUUAGCCGAUGCCUGAGUUCGAUAUGAGUAGGUAUAUGGUACCCGCUCCUUCCACGAGCGCUGAUCGUCAAACCUGGGUAAAUGUAGGUAAAAGUUCAAUUUUAUGAUUUCUUCUCUAGGCGAUUGGUAAUUGUGAUGCCCAAAUUGAAAAUAUGAAACUGAAAAGAUUAAACUUGGAAUUAAUGCAAACUCAUGGAGGACCAACCUUGGUCAAGAUGAAUAAAACUCUGCAAACGUUGGCUGAUCGAGAAGAACAGACCGUGUUUAAAUUGAGAUCACAGUUGUUCGAAACUCAUUCCAGAAGGAAGAGACGACAAGAAGACGUUAGGUCACAAUUGUUACAUAUGGGUUCACAAUGGAUAGUUCUCGUUAACAAAAAUAUCAAAUUAGAUAAUGCCAUCCAAAGCGCCGAGGCCGAACUUAAGGCAAUGGCAAAAAGAAUCAAAAUCGAAUACAAUGUGGAUCCAGACUCGAUCGCUGUUUAA